CUUAACUCCAUUCACUACGAUGCUCGACUCGUAGCAAGAAGCUUCUCGCACCCGACAUCCGUUAACUCAAUGAAAUUCAUUCAAAUUUCUUGAGAAAAACUGUGUGAACUUCAAGGCAUCGUCUCGUUAGAUCAGCAAGAUAUUAUUUUUGUGGUGCUUUAAAUAUUGUAUUUUUUUUUUUUUUUAGUUUUUUUUACAGAAGAAAUCGAAAAAGGCUAUUCCAGGCCUUUAUAUUUUCUUCUCUUUCUCUUUUGAAAAGUUUGAACAACUAUAUCUCAUAAUAUUUUACUUUCCUGGACUGCUUCAAACUUUAUUGGUGGACCAAAAUCUGGCAGUACAUCGUUUGGGCCGCUCGUAUAUGUGAUUGGUUUAACAAGUACCUUUAUUCUACAGAGAGAGAUCAUGGAGCACGACUCUACCGCGGGAGGGGCAGAUGAUCUGCUCAUGGACGGCAAACUUUUAAAACGGCGCGCAGGGUCACUUCAUAAGCACGAACUGGCCGAGGCCAUGGAAGUGGAGCAGGAAGGACUGGUAGAGCAUCAGCCUCUGGAGCAAGAUGACCUUAACUUUGAGAAAUGGAAGCCCAAGCCAAAGCCCAAGAGAACGCUGCAUGAGAAAAUCGAUGACCUACAGACUUACCUGUGGAACUCGGAGACGAAAGAGUUCAUGGGCCGGUCGGGAAAGAGCUGGAGUCUCAUUCUUCUCUUCUACUCUGCAUUAUACAUUUUCCUGGCAGCCAUGUUUGGUGGUUGUAUGUGUUGUUUGAUGUGGUCCAUUAGCCCGUAUGCUCCCACCUACAAUGACAGAGUGAUGCCACCAGGUAUGACGAUGCACCCUCAUGUAGAUGUAGCUCAUGGGAUUGAGAUUGCCUUUAACGUCUCUGACCGCAGCUCGUGGAGAAAGUAUGCGAGAGCCCUGGAAGCCCAGCUAAAACCCUAUGAUGAUGCACUUCAGGAGAGGCGGAACAUUCAGUGCAAAGAAAAUUCGUAUUUUAUGCAGGAUGACUUAGAGGAAAGCGCUGAGAGAAAAGCUUGUCAAUUUAAAAGAUCUAUGCUGGAAGAUUGUUCUGGCGUGAAGGACCGAGAUUUUGGCUACUCAAAGGGCAACCCCUGCAUUCUCCUUAAAAUGAAUCGAAUUCUUGGGUAUCUACCUGGUCAAGGCAGUCCAGUAAAUGUUACCUGUGGAAUAAAGAAAGGGUCAACUGAAGGCCUGGGACAAAUCCAUUACUAUCCAGAUAGUGUCUUUAACAUGCACUACUACCCUUACUAUGGAAAACUCAGACAUGUAAACUACUCUUCCCCGGUGGUGGCUGUGCGCUUCUCUGGAGUCCAACAGAACACUCAACUACACGUUCAAUGCAAACUACAUGGCAAGGGCAUCAUCAACGAUUCACCAACUGACCGUUUCUUGGGCAGUGUGUCUUUUAAUUUAGAAGUGGGUGCAUAGAAUUUCAGUAGACCUAGAGACAUUCAAAUUUCUAGUGUUAUCAUAAAUGAAAUAGCACACUGGACGCUGUCUUUACGCACUACCCCUCUGAUUAUGCCUCCAGCAGCCACUGUGCUAUACCCUUUCAAACAAGCAAUCUUCCAUAGAGUAAAGAUUAAGAUAAACAUCCACAGUGCAUUCACAGAUCACCUUCAGUAGCGUAACACUCAGUAUCCAGCAACUAGAGAUUGACACCUGGAUUUCCCCAUAAGAAGAAACACUAUGGCAUAAUCACUCAUACAUACACUGUAAAAAAAUAUGCAGCACAAAGUAAAAACAACUUGGUUUUGCGAGUCAAUUCAACCUUAUUUUAAAAAAGUUGACCUAACUUAUAAAUUCAAGUUGAAAUUGUUUAACUUAAUUUUUAAAGUUAAAGUAACAUCAAAAUAUAUAUUGAUUUGACAAAAAUGCUGCAAAUUUUUAAAAGUGUACAUACACUGUAAAAAGUGAAAGUUGGUUUAAACUUAAAAAAUUACUUCAAUUGGUAACACCUAAAAGAUUGUGUUUAUAUAACUUAUAAUUUUCACCUAAAGUGAGACUUAAUUGAAAUUUUAAGUAGAAAUAACGAUUUUUUUAAAACAAAGUUUUACCAAUUGAAGUAAUUCUUUGUAAGUUGAAAAAAAAGUUGAUCCACUUUUUACAGUGUACAGUCUACAGUGAGAUUUAGGCACAACCAUUUUCCAGAUCUGUCUAGAUUUUUUUAGAAUUAACAUUUAUUAAAUCUAUUCAAUCGGUUCUUUUAAGGAAGCUGAUGUGUAUAUAACAGAUUAAUUAAAAAACAACAUUGUUAUUAUUUUUUCUCUGUUAAGUAAUCGCCUCUAUUAAAUUCCCCUUUUUUUGUAUAAAUCAAAUGGACGAGAGAAAAAGACAGAAAAGGUUCCUUAUGACUUCUGCCACGAGGCGGCUAGCGACCUAACUUUAUUAUUUUGCUUGCUCAUUUAAUACAAUAACAAUCAGAUGUGGUUUAGAUUUAAUGAUUUAUUGUACAUUUUAGACUAAAUAUGUUUUCUUUAUUUUUCUUGUUUCGAAUGUACAAUUAAAUUCUGACUCCGGAGACAAAUGUAUUUUAGUGAAAAGUGGGACAGAAAUCCAUUUUUCAUUAUUUUCACAUAAAAAGCUCAUAAUGAAAUAC